GGGAGAUGGCGAUAGUGCGCCGGGUGCUGGCGGCGGCUGCGGCGGCUUCCCGGGUCGGAGUGGAGGAAAGAGAAGAUGAUUGACCAGCUGACUGACUGAAUGAAUGAAUGGCGGAGCCACGCGCGCCAUGAGGAGCCUGCCGAGCCUGGGCGGCCUCGCCCUGUUGUGCUGCGCCGCUGCCGCCGCAGCCGGCGCCGUCUCAGCCACCUCGGCGGAGAAUGUCACCGGUGGCGGCGGGGCCGCAGGGCAGGUGGAAGCGUCGCCGGGCCCAGGGCUAUGGGGCGAACCUAGUCACCCCUUCUCUAAGACCACGGCUCCCACGACCCAGGCCCCGAGGACUGGACCUCCGCGUGCUACUGUCUACGAACCUCUGGCUGCGACCUCUUCAGCCCAGUCUCCGGAGACCACCCCUCGGGCGACGGCCGGAUCGGCUCCGACCACAUUUCAGGCACCUCUUGGCCCGUCGCCAACCACUUCUCAGGCGGUGGAACCCACUCCGACCAACCCUCCGGCGACUACUAGACCCGCGCCGACCACCCUCUCGGCGACCACUGGCCUAGCGCCGACCACCCCUGUAGCGACCACUGUUCCGGCGCCCACCACUCUCCAGACCCUGACCCCAGUUCUCCGCGUCAGCAGCGUCCCGCCCACCCCACCUGCCACCGAGGUCCCUUCUCCGCCCGCAGAGUAUAUAUGUAACUGCUCUAGGGUCGGAAGCCUGGAUGUGAAUCGCUGCAAUCAGACCACAGGGCAGUGUGAGUGUCAUCCAGGUUAUCAGGGGCUUCGCUGUGAAACCUGCCAGGAGGGCUUUUACCUGAAUCACACUUACAGCUCUGGGCUCUGUCUGCCAUGUGAUUGUAGUCCAGAUGGAGCCCUCAGCAUACUCUGCAACAGUUCUGGAAAAUGCCAGUGCAAAGUGGGUGUCACCGGCUCUACAUGUAACCAAUGCCAAGAUGGAUACUAUGGCUUCAGUAAGAGUGGCUGCUUACCCUGCCAGUGCAGUAAUCGUACUGCCAGUUGUGAUGCCCUCACAGGUGCUUGUUUAAACUGCCAGGGAAAUAGCAAAGGGGAUCACUGUGAAGAAUGCAAAGAAGGAUUUUAUCAGAGUCCUGAUGCUCCUAAAGAAUGUCUUCGCUGCCCUUGUUCAGCAGUGACAUCUACAGGCAGUUGCAUCAUAAAAUUGGGUGAAUUGGAACCUAAAUGUGUCCAGUGUAAAGAUGGUUACACAGGCUGGAACUGCAAUAAGUGUGAAAAUGGCUAUUACAAUUCUGACAGCAUCUGUAUAAAGUGCCAAUGUCAUGGCCACGUGGACCCAGUUAAAACUCCAAAGAUUUGCAAGCCCGAGAGUGGUGAAUGCAUCAACUGCCUCCAUAACACCACUGGGUUUUUGUGUGAGAACUGCCUAGAAGGUUAUGUUCGAGACCUCGAGGGAAGUUGCAUCAAGAAAGAAGUUAUUGUUCCAACACCUGAAGGUUCUACCAUUUUGGUUUCCAAUGCCUCUUUGACCACAUCAGUGCCCACCCCUGUUAUAAAUAGUACAUUUACCCCUACGACCCUCCAGACUAUCUUUUCAGUAAGUUCUUCUGAAAACAGUACUUCAGCUUUAGCUGAUGUAUCAUGGACCCAAUUUAACAUCAUCAUUUUGACAGUCAUCAUCAUUGUGGUGGUGCUGCUGAUGGGAUUUGUGGGGGCUGUGUAUAUGUACCGGGAAUACCAAAACCGGAAACUGAAUGCCCCCUUUUGGACCAUUGAGCUGAAAGAAGAUAAUAUCAGUUUCAGCAGCUACCACGACAGCAUUCCUAAUGCAGAUGUGUCAGGAUUGUUGGAAGAUGAUGGCAAUGAAGUGGCUCCCAAUGGGCAGCUGACCCUGACGACACCCAUGCAUAACUACAAAGCCUAAGGAGAUAGAACUGUUCUUCUGGAUUGUUAAACCACAGUGCAUACUAAGACAGCAUCAGCCCUUGGGCCAGACAAAGCCUGGAUAGAGUCUGCCGAGAAAGCAAAGGCAAGUAGUACAUCUGAAAUUUUCAGGUACAAAUUUGUAAUGUGCUUAGCCUAUUACUUAUAGUUUUCCCAUGAAGAUCUGAAGCAUUCACUGUCGUUAAGGAUUUGAAGUAUAUUUUUGUACCAAACCACAUGGGUGUAUAGAAAAGCUGAACCACAUUGUGCAGCCCAAAUUCAUUUUGACCUCCAAGUAGACUUCUGGAGAAGUGUUCACCAAACCACCUAUAACAGGACGGAUGUGCAGAGGGAAAAGACUGCUGGAAGACUUCAUCUCCAUUCCUGAAACACAUUUUUUUUUAAAAGGAGGGUCAGGGAUGCUAUUCAUUUUUCUGUGUUAAAAGAUGUCAUUGAAGAAAAGCUCAUUUCCAGACUAUCACAAUAAACAAUCUCGAUCGUUUCUAGAAUAGGGGCAGAAAAGUCCCAAGAAGAUCUUCAGAAGGCCUUGAUUUUUCCUUCCAGGAUUCUUGCUCAAUGAUGGGAUUAAAGCACAGGAUAAGCUUCUAAUGGUAGAGAGAGAAUGAAGGCAGCAUCCAGGAGCAGGAAGCUGGUGGUCCUCCUCAGGGUCUCAGUGUAAAUGAUCAGUUGUCUAAAAAUAAGAAAUAUCCCUGCCUCUAGAGAAAUAAGGUGUACAUAGUUAAUGUAGCAUAUCUGGUCAACAUUUGUAUCUAUUUGUAAAAAAAAAUCAUGUCAUAUUUUAUCUAGAAUUUAUUUGUACAGUAGUUAAUGACAGUGUAAAAAGAAAAUAUUAGGAUUGGAUUGGUUAAAAUAUUGUAAAAUAGAUGGCAGUAUUGCUAGAGUUGGGACUCUGGUGAGCACCAGUCAUUUUUAGUCCCUCUUUGGACAUUGUUGAAAUUUGUAAGAGGUUGAAUGUUUCUAAUCUUUCUUUCCCUUUGUCAAUCCAAAAGCAGAGUUAUAUGCCCUUUGACUUACAAAGGUUGUAGAUUCAAGCAACAGAUUUUGAAGUCUAUGAUUGUUAAGCUGGGACACAGACUGUACUCUCUAAACUACUCACUCAAUUAGACACUAACCACUCUGUGUAAGACUUCACCUUUACAUACAUGAAUGUGAAACACAGCCUCAUUUUAAAAAGUUUUUUUCCUAAGCACAAAAGAUAGUCUUCCAAAGGAAUUAGAAAUAUUUUCAUUCCAAAAGAAAAGAAAAGCCAUCCUAUCAUGUGGGAUCCCCAGUUUUCAUGCCUAUGAAAUAUUUAUAUCCCCCUCCCCCCCAU